CCGCUGCCCCGGGGGCGGAGGGAGAGCGGAGAGCCGGCGGCGGAGCCCGAGCAGCACGCGCGGCCAACUGUCCUGGCGGGAUAUGAGACACCCGUCAUAAGCUCCGGAGAGGUGCCUUCCACAGAGACCAGCAGAGGAGUGGGCCAACAUGAAGUCCAGUCCUGCCAUCCAAGCUGCCAUUGACCUCACAGCGGGGGCUGCAGGGGGCACAGCAUGUGUACUGACCGGGCAGCCCUUUGACACCUUGAAAGUGAAGAUGCAGACGUUCCCUGACCUGUACCGGGGCCUCACCGACUGCUGCCUGAAGACCUACUCCCAGGUGGGCUUCCGCGGCUUCUACAAGGGGACCAGCCCAGCGCUGAUCGCCAACAUCGCCGAGAACUCGGUCCUCUUCAUGUGCUACGGCUUCUGCCAACAGGUGGUGCGGAAAGUGGUUGGAUUGGAGAAGCAGGCCAGGCUGAGUGAUCUGCAGAAUGCAGCCGCGGGUUCCUUCGCCUCUGCCUUUGCGGCCCUGGUGCUCUGCCCCACUGAGCUCGUCAAGUGCCGGCUGCAGACCAUGUAUGAGAUGGAGGCGUCAGGGCAGAUCGCCAGAAGCCACAACACAGUCUGGUCCGUGGUGAAGAGCAUCCUCAGGAAGGACGGCCCCUUGGGCUUCUACCACGGCCUCUCCAGCACCAUACUCCGAGAGGUGCCCGGCUAUUUCCUCUUCUUUGGCGGCUACGAGCUGAGCAGGUCAUUUUUUGCAUCAGGGAGAUCGAAGGAUGAGCUAGGCCCUGUCCCUUUGAUGUUAAGCGGUGGAGUUGGUGGGAUCUGCCUCUGGCUUGCUGUUUACCCAGUGGAUUGCGUCAAAUCCAGAAUUCAAGUUCUUUCCAUGUCUGGAAAACAGGCAGGAUUUAUCGGAACCUUUAUAAGCAUUGUGAAAAAUGAAGGAAUAACGGCCUUAUAUUCUGGACUGAAACCUACAAUGAUUCGAGCAUUCCCUGCCAAUGGGGCGCUCUUUCUGGCCUACGAAUACAGCAGGAAGCUGAUGAUGAGCCAGUUCGAAGCCUACUGAAGUGUCCUGGCGAAACGAGGUCCCAAGUCUAGGCACGUGACCAUUACAGCUCAUCUCAGGGUUUCACGGAGUACAAGGCCAACGGGGAAUUAUUUUGGUUUCAUAGGAGUUCUGUUUUUUUGGUCUUCCCCUAUUCUACUCUAAAUCUUAAACUUUGUGGAAAGGGCCUCCAUUUUAUCCUAUUAAUUUCUGCCCAUAAUCGUACUGAAAUCGAACUCAGUUGCUGCUCUUGUCCUUGGUGGGACAUUUAGGGUGAGCCGCCGGCCCUGCACAGGAUCUGAAAGGCUAAAUAUAGUUCUUUCGGGACUUUGCAUAAACCUGUGUGUGUCCGUGCAGCUUGGAUGGUUACAUGUUAGUAAGGCGUCAUUUAGUUCCAUGUUUAAUUCUCAGAUCUCACCAGAAAAACUCUGAGGUAACCAUGUUUCAUGAAGAUGACUCUGAUUCCUUACUCUAGAUGUAGGCUCUCUUUUAGAACCUGAGUACAUGCACUAUCCUAAGUGGCUCAAGUUCAGUUUUUCUGUGGUGCUUGACAACUGAUCUAUCCAUGUAGAUUUUGUAGAGGAGAACAGACCUGCAAACUGGUGUGGCUUCCACGUUCGCGAUUUAAGUUAGGAGUAAGCCUCUUGGAUUUUCCCAAGAUGUUCUACUGUUAAAAUCGUGCCAUUCCCUUCCUAGGUGGGAUCGUUGUGCCCCUGACACGUUGUGAGGUUGGCGAGAGCAGCUCGCCCCUCACCUCUGCCAGCUCCCCUUCUCGCCCAAGGAACUCCCCCUCUGCUGGGCCUUAGGUUGAGGGAGGUGCUGAGGGGAGGGGCCCUGCUGCUGUGCUUUGUGAAGGCCCAUGACCGCCAGCAGGCCUGCUUCUUCCGUCUCUGGGUCCCGGCCUGGGUAGGACUGCAGAUGAUUUCUUUGGACCGUCUAUGGCCUGCUGAUGCACUUUGGCCCACUCACACACUCACUGCCUCCACCGACCAGAAACCCUUCCCGGGAGCAGAGUGCCAAAGCCAAGAGAAGCCCUUGUUCCCUGUCUGGUGCCUGAAGGACCGCACUCGUGGGCAAGGUCCUCUUUCGGAUGGAACUGGACAGAACAGAGGGCUUGUCCUCCAGAGUGAGUGAUAUUGGGGUGACCCUCUUGUUUACGUUUAUCUCAGGAUCACUAACUGCCAUGUUUAUUGGGUUGAGCCUUUUACAUUUGGUACUGGCAGUCCAUGGAUCUUCAGGAUUGUAUAUAGGGGGUGACUUUACAAAGCAAUGAAACAAGCCACGUAAUUUUAUUUAGCUAUGCCAUACGAAUGCACUAACCACCACCACAAAACUCCAGGUCACCUGUUGUAAGAGCGUCCCUUCUCGUCCCCACUUAGGCAAGCCUCAUCACACCGUGCUGCUCCAAGACCAGCAAGGGCUCUCUCGGAAACCAGUGUUCUUAAGCAGGCUGACGCUGCUAACAUCUGUCCCGUGUGUGUCUGUCCUUGUUGGCACAGUGUCCCCCUCGAGUGAAACCUCUGGUUUCCUGAAGCUUUUUGUUCUCUGCAGAGGCUCUGUGCUAACUCUAGCCCCGCACCAGAAGCCAGAGGGUCGGGGCAGUGAGCAGCUGCUCUUUCUGUGUACUGCAGUUGUGCAAGUCGGUCCCCCAGCAGCAUUCUUCUUCUGCCUGCUUGUGUGGAUGGGGUCGAUGUAGCAGGAAACUGUUCUAGUUUUUAAAAAUAGCUAAAUUUCCUAUUAUGUUUUGGAUAAUUCUAUUCCAGGGUAGUCAGAUCUAUUUGAAAAAAACCAGUAUCAUUCUGAUGUACCAUGAUGUAAGAUUCUCGAGUUGUUCAAGGAAGUUUUUGGGUCAGGUUGUAAGGAGACAAGCCUGUAAAUUCUCUUUAUGUGAGCAAAAGCACAAGAGUGUAGCAACUCAGUGGCCAGGAAUUUGGAUGCAUCUUGGAGGGUUAAGGAAGAGGAACCCUAACUGUAAUCUUCUUUCAAAAAGCAAGUCUUGAAAAUUGGGGUUUUCUUCCUUAGUACCAGCUAAGUAUCUACCCCCCCACCCCGCCCCCUGUCCAUUUACCUAAGCCUGCCACCUGGUCUGCCCCUCUGGCUUAUGGCUGCAUGCAUGUUCAAGGGAACAGUACAAACUGUUUAGCGGCAACAUGUGUUUCUGUAACACGAAUUAUAGCAAGUAAUGUAGUCAGAGCUUUUCCUAAAAAGCCUUUAUAUGGGCUGUUGCACUGGUAGCUGAGACCCUUUGAGGGCUAUUUGGAGGGAAAGAGAGCACCUGCAUCCAGGCAUGUUCAUAAAUAAGGACAUUUUAUUUAUAUAAUAUAUAAAUAUAUAAACAUAUACAUAAUGACAUUAAGGUACUUAGAAUAAAACAACAUCCAGCAAUGAAGAGAAUAGGAUUCCCUGUGGACACUGGACUAACCAGUGUUGAUAGUGAAAAGAUGAUCUUCACAGAGUUCCCUACAUUUAAAUGAAGUUGGCUGGGAGCAGAGUCUGUGUCAGGGGGUGUAUUUUAAAAUCCUCUAGAUUUCUCUAGGCAGACAUUUCCUUUGACUUCACAGUGAUGUUACAAAGAGAAUCUACUGUAACGUCUGCUUAUGUUUACCCAGAUUCUCUUGUCCUCCAAGGACUGCCUGUUAUUGAAGCUUGUAUCACAAGCUCUGUGGGGACUGCUUAUAGGAACGGUCCUGUGGGCUCAAGCCUUGUUCUGGUGCCAAUCGGAGGUUUGUUAAAUAGCUUAGAACUGACCUCUUCAAUCUGACAUUACACAUGUGAAAGCAGGGACUACUUGCCCAAAAAUACAUAAUAAACCUCACGCAAUAUUGUGAGGAAUCAUUUUAAAUGUUAUUUUGAUAUGAAAGUUCUUUUAAACUCUUAACAUUGGCACACUGUCCCCAGAAACAGUAGUUGUCUCAACUCUGGCAUAUACGUCCUUCAGGAAAGAAAAAGGACCAUUAACCUUGCAUAUUGUAUAUACUUAAGGUUGUCAAAAAUGUGUAUGUAAAUGUAUAAGUAUACAUGCAAGGAAGGAGGGUUAGGAGACCUAAAUGUGUGGCAGGGAUUGUGGAGAACGGGGUUCUGUCCCAGAUGGCACUAGUAUCUCACUUCUUCAAAAUACAGCUCAACUGCAAACUCCUCACGAUAGAUUUUCCAUGUUUUUUUUUUAUGGGGAUUAUCGAUUUCAUUUCUUGGAAGGUAAAGUCUAGGAAAGAAGAAACAUGUUUCAAGCACAGAAGGCCAACCAGGGUUAGUCUUAGUCCCUCUCCUGUGCCUCAGUUGGCACAUACAAGUGGAAGGGCUUGGUAACAUCUGGGAUGGCCAAUGUUGGGGCAGUCAGUAAGGCUGUUUGUCAUUCCCAAAAUGCUCCUUCUGCCGCAGCUGUCCACUCUACCAUAGUGAGUCCCUCCUUAGCCAGUUCACAGAGAGGUCGCACCAUCUCUGCAAACCGCGGUAUCCACAGCUUGCAGCAGCCCACCGUCCCAAGGAACUCCCUCAUGGAGACCGAAGCCUAAAUAAGUGGCGGCUCUGACAGAGCUGUGCUUUUAUUGCUGACACCCGAUACCCUUUUCCCUGCAGAGUUUGUAAGAGAGCUCUCGUCCCCCACAAGCAAGACCCAUAGUCCUCAGCGGCUAUUUCUACUAUUCCCACUAAUUCAGUCCUCCUUCAAGUACUAGAGAACUAGAAUCCUAGAGAACUUCCAGACUCAGGAACGAAUUUUUAGAUAGGGAAGAAGUUUCCCUGGAAUAAUAAUCUUCAGUUAAUUUAUAAAAAAAGAUUUCCCAGUUUAGUCACUAGGAAGUCAUUUCUAAAUGGGAGACUAUUGAUUUUUUUUUUUUUUAAGCUGUCUUCACGGAUGCUUACUGUGUCCUCUAACUUCUGCCCUAGAUCUAGGUGUGUCAGUCACCUUUAAACUAGCUAAAGCCUUCCUCAAGGAUGCUUUCCUUUCUGGCCUAGAAUGUGGUAGGUGGUCGGUCAUCAGAAGAUGAACACACACGGUGGACCUGCCCAGUCGGGGUAACUGAGCAGACUCCUGCUACACUUGCAAGGGGAGGGACUCAUCACCACACCGAGAUCUGAUUAGAAUACAUCUCAGCUCCUAUGACACAGUCCUAUGGCAUGGACUUUGAGGAUAAGGCCACAGUGGUUCUCAACACUAACCCUAUAUUUUACAUAAUGAAGAAUGGGGGAUUUGAGGAUUUCUUGGUUUCUAUAAAUUGAGGGGAGGAGUGCCAUUCUGCCUUACACAGAUCUUGGAGAUUAAGCCAUUUCUAUAGAGCCAUACCUGUUAUUUUGUACAAAAGAUGUAUGGAACCAAAAGAAAAAUGGGCAGUUGUCGUAAUAUUUCGGAAGGUCCUAAAAUUAAAAAAAAAAAAAGUUAAUUUUCAUAGUAAAAAUAAUACUAAAAACUAAUUCCAAAGGGAUUAAAAUUCCUUCCUAUCCUUCCUUUCUAUAUCUGUCAAACAAUUAGAGCCCUUAGACACACAGCACUUAACCUCUAUAACCCUCCGCUCACGACACAAAGGAGACUUUAAAAAAUGGCUUUUUCUUGCCAUUCCUAUCAAAAUUUAAGGCAAGGUGGUUUUUUCUAUAUAAAUUAGACAAUAGUCCUCCAACCUAGUUUACAUCGUGCUGACCAGAGACUGAUGCCACUUUAUGUCCAAAGACCUCAUCCAUUUCUACAAGCAGCAGCUGCAUUGAUAACUGACUGUCAGUAUUAAUGACAAGAAUACCCACACAUGAGAGAGUUUUCAUCUCAUGGCCCUUGAGAAUCACAAAAUUAAGCAACACUGCCCGGACUAGUACUUCUUGUAGUGGAGCUUCUGCUUCGGACCACUGACUGAGCUAGUGUUCAGACCGGCUUCAGGGAUCAAAGGGGAGCCGUCUGGUAUGGGAACAAUCGAAGUCACUUGCUUCCACACACAUACCAUUUCACUAUUGAACAGAUUUUCCCAUAACAGGGAGCAAGCAGGGGGUGAAGGAGGGCACAAACUUUAACGUGAUCAACAUUGUUAGUUGUUGGCAGUUCUGCUUGAUGAUUUCAAUAAGAAAACAAAACCACUGAGGCUUAGAAAUUUAUGUAAAGAGUAACACUUGUACACUUUGUGACAUCUCAGCAGAAGUUAUACAUGUUCAGAGCAAUGACAAUGGCAAACAUUCUCAUUUUUCAUAAGGUAAAUAUUAGAUUAAAAAUACUAUUUAAGGGGCACUUGGGUGGCUCAGUGGGUUAAAGCCUCUGCCUUCAGCUCAGGUC